AUGUCUUUCGAAACUCUUCAUAUCCUCUGGCCUGCUUUGACUCCCAUGUUCUCGCCUGGGGCCACUCUUACGAUUCCAGCCAUGCAUCGUGUGCGACUACUGAAAGAGGUGGUGCCAGCAGCUGUUGGUAUUCUCAAGGCUGCCAGGGCGUGGCCCAACGUUGAGUAUCGAGGCUUCACCCUCAACCUGGCCUACAUGCUUUCUUUGGUGGCCAUCGAGAUUUCCAAGGAGAUGUAUGAUGAGCGGUGGGAGGAGUUGUUGUUGACUCCUCAUGAGGCGCCCUACCCCAAGUCAAAGAAAGGCAUGGUUUCCAUCAAGAAACCGCAAAAAUUCACUAAAGGCCAGACGGCAGGUCCAACUUCCAUGCCUGAGGAUAAGGAUGAUGAUGACAAUGCCGGUAACUCUCUUGACGAGGAGUUGGUAGUCGUUGCGAAACCUUUCCAUCCCCCUGCUUUGCAGGGAAGUCCUUCCAAGCAUACAAAACCUGGUCCCAAUCGUCACUCUGUUGCUGGUGCAUCUGUUCCUCUGCCUGUCGACUUGCCUGUUGGUGUAGUUGAGGAACAAGUUAUUUGUACUCGCAGAGAGAAGAGGAAGCGUGAGGCUGCAAUUGCCGCCGUGGAGUCUCAUGUUGAGACUUCAAAUGUUCGUGAUGAGAGCCCAGAGCUCCCGAAGAAGAUGACAAAACAGCACAUGGCACAGCUUGGUUGA